AUGGCACCGACGCUUUCAGUGCCCCGCCCUCGGGGCGGGAGCGCUCCCACUUCAAUAGUGUCACUGCCUGACCUGCUAUCUGAUCUGCYGCCCGCGGUUCGCCUCGUGUUCGUUCGCGAACUGUGGUCCUGUAUCAAGAACGCUGCCCAACUUACAGUGACCGGAUGGCUGGCCGAGUCCUGGUUCCUCGAGAUCUGCAGGACUCUGGAGAAGUUCGGCAUCCGGACUAUUCGAGGUGCGGAGAGCUCCGCCUGCGAUGGCGCCUGGAUCUAUGACCCGUCCAACUCUGCGGACCUUCCCCUCGUAGGGAGUACAUCCCUCGAGUUGUUCGAAUGGGCCAACGAGCAUCCGGACACGGAGCUUCUGUAUUUCGAUGUGAAGUACUUCAGCCUGCGACCAAGUGCCAAGGCUGAGCUUGAUUACGCAUACAGCACUCCCGACGGCACUGCAUUGAAAGACGACGCAGCCGUCUAUGUGGUAGUUAUAGAAUCGCUUACUGACUACGUGGCUUUGAUUCCGAAGUACGUUUUUGAGAAUGCUACCGACUUUGGAUAUGGCGUGGAGCCAUUAAUCUGCGGAAUGCCAGCAUGGUGCUUACACUUCCUUGUGCACGUCGAAGAUCUAGCAGAGGCCAUACAAGGACUGCUCGGUGCAAAAGAAUCCCAAUGGUACCGCAAUCCUACUACUGGAUUGGUCUUUACGGGUUGGAUCCCACAACGACUUGCAGACCCUCGUUCGCUGAAACCAGGGCAGCAGCGAAAGAUCACGUCUAUGACGGCGAUUCUCUACCUUCUCGGGAUGAUAAAAGCGGAGGGCUGGGAUAUGGACUUCAACCCGGUUGCACCGCUUAUCUGCGACUUUUGGAUCUGGUGUAAGUCAGUCGAACACUUGCAAGAGCCGAUCUUCAUUGAGCACAAAGCGAUGGAUAACUACUUCUUCACCGGCGUGGACUCCCCGUUUGGACUCGAUAGACAAUGGCACUUUCUGAUAUGCUCCCGCCCCGACGUAGAAAGGAUGUUCUGCUGCGCAAGGCAAGCAGCCGACGAGUCCUGGAUUGAUCUGGAGCACCUGGACAAUGAUGUCUAUGAGAGUUUCUGCCACGAUAGCAUAGAGUCAUUGCUCAAAUACAUCGCGGAGAACGCCGCGGCAGCUGCAGCGGAGUCUGAGCGCUUAGGCUCGCGCCAGAAUCACUCGACGGAGCGUAAUCUAGCGAGCAUCAUUAGUCGCGAGUCUCGCGAAGCAGCUGCACACUCCGACAGGACAACAGGUGAAAGGACGACCCAAAGCGCGCGCGCUCCCAAGGACCGCGUCUUUCAAGCGAAAGGUCUCCCGUGGGUGUGUCUUGCCCUCAAUAACCUCUUUGCCGAGCAGCGCCAUCUCGUCUGCUAUCCGGUGGACCCUUAUCACCCCAGCGGGGCUGACCACCUCGUCGUCGACCACGUGUGGUCUGAUGAUGAUCUGGCCAGACUGAAGCUUGGUCAACUUCCCUUCAGCCCGCUGAUCGGCAAAACCCGGACCAAGGCAGUCGCCAUGCGCUUCGCCGACUGCUCAGGCGGAUUUGGUGCCUCGGAGGGCCAGCCCAUAGUCAUGCGACCUUCGUACUGGACACGGCCCUGUCCUAGUGUCAGGGGCGUGAUGCUGCUCGGAGCAGUCCUUCCCCCGGAAGUCUACACGAAAGGCAACGAUUCGAGCUGGCGGCCUUACGUGCUCAUACCUGCGCAGCGUCUCAGCUCAUACUUCUCAGAUGAGAUGAGGGAGCCAGUCCCGAAACCAGCGGACGACGCGGCGUGUCGAGAGCGCGAUAAACUCUUCUUCAAUUCUACUCCGCAAGCCGAGAGUGAACUGCUGCAUGGUGUCCGCUUUUCCGGCUCCCAUCCGAAGUCGCUCAAGAAGAACAGCGUCUUCGUUACGGAGGACUUUGACCCUUUGACCAAUGUGAUCGACUUCGGAGCGCUCCCUGCCAUCCUGCUCGAACUCCUUCGGGGGUCUGCCCCAGAGAUGAGUAUUCAAUCGCCGCUAGUCGAUGGCGCAAAUCAACUAUUCACAAAGGCGGAGAACAUCACUGACGUUCGAGCCUUCCACCAAGCUGCGUGGGACUACUCUCUGUGGCGGAAGCCGGCGGCUGUGGACGGCAAGCCAGCAGACCGUCAACGAGUUCCCGCUGAUAAAUCGCGAGCACGAGACCCGAGCAAUCCCCAGAAGGGCGGCACCCAUCGCAAGACCCUGGGAAGGCCGAACUAG